UGCGUCAGUAGAACGAAAGGCAUGGCUACAGGCGUGAGUGGAGUAGUGGCGGCGCAGAGAUGUUCUUUAUCAAAACUGCAGUCUUUGAACGGACUGUUUGCUAUUUAUAAAAAACAAGGUCCCACUUCCGCAGAUGUAUUAAACCAACUGAAGAGGAAACUUUUUCAAGAAGCUGGUGAGAAGCAGACGAACCCCCGAAAGAGGAAGAAACAGGCUCUGAAAAUGGGUCACGGAGGGACGCUGGACAGCGCCGCCUCUGGUGUGCUCGUGGUUGGUGUUGGCGGUGGGACCAAGAUGUUGACCACCAUGCUGACUGGGUCAAAGAAGUACACGGCCGUUGGGGAGCUGGGCAAAGCCACGGAUACGCUGGAUGCCACGGGAACUGUCACACUGCAGAAGACUUAUGGUAAGACCAAGCACAUAACCAAGGAGAACAUGGAGGAGAAGCUGAAGAAGUUCACUGGGGAGAUCAUGCAGGUGCCCCCACUGUACUCGGCUCUGAAGAGGGACGGACAGCGGCUCUCGGUGCUCCUCAAAAAGGGCCAGGAGGUGGAGGCGAAGCCGGCGAGAGCGGUCACUGUGUACCAUCUGUCCCUGCGUGACUUCAGCCCCCCACUCUUCACCAUCGAUGUUGAAUGUGGCGGGGGAUUCUACGUGCGGAGUCUGGUGGACGACUUGGGCAAAGAGCUGUCCUCCUGCGCCCAUGUGAAAGAGCUUGUCCGCACCAAGCAGGGCCAGUUCACGCUGGAGGAGCACGCGCUGCGCGAGGACCAAUGGACCAUCGAGAACAUCGCCCGUGUUCUCCAGGCCACGCCUACAGAGCCCGUCGCGGAGUCGAGCGCGGAGCCCUGUCCUGCCGCCAGACCUCGGAAGGAUGGCGAGGAGCAGCAAGGCGAUGAUCAGGGAUCUUAGAGCCACGCCUCACUCAGCCGUCAUACCCACGCAUCCCGGAAUGCCUGCUGCCUGGCCAUUUCCAUGGUAACCACCAGAGUUUGAACUCAGUAGUUCAGUGGGGGGGCAGAGGACCAGGGGGACCCGGUGGUUUUGGUAUGGGUUACCAUGGUUACCACAGUAUAAUGCAUCGUGUGAUGACUGGGUCAGGCAUCAGUGUGAUGCUGUGAAGAGACUGGGGUCACGACUCACACUGGUGCUGUGACUGUCGGUGUUGAUUUUGUUCAGUGGAACCCGGUCAUGCCUGAAAAGGGGUCGCACCCUAUUAGUUGGCGUUUCUUGACCGUUUCAGUUGGUUGGUUUUCGUGACCGUGAACGAACGGAGUGGCGGUGUCCAAACGAGACCUCUUGUCUGUGUUACAAAUAAAACACAAAUGUGCCAUAUUAUCAAGCUUUGGGAUCUGGGUUUGAACCCAGGUUUCUGGUGUCUCCUUGGUCUGCAACCCCCCCCCCCACGCUUUGUCCCUUUCAGAGAGACAGAUGGACGUGUUCACGGACUGAUCCCUUAUGUAACAACGCAGACUGCAGCUGCCUCGUUUAAUCUGUCUGUAUGAUCUGCAAAUUAAGAACAAUAUUAGGAAAGGAUGAUGAAUAAAGUGUGUCGAACCCCUGCUUCCGUGGUGAAUAUCUUAGUAAAACCCUUUCCUCCAUCUCCUUGCUGCUUCAGGGCCAGAGUUUGCUGUGGAUGUAC